CCUCCUUCCCCCGCUGCAGCCGCCCGGGGGUCAGGGCCGUGCCGGCGCCGCUGCCCGAUCUGCACGGGGAAGGCCAUCUGUGGAAAAGAAAAAGACAAAAAAAAUGAAGUACUUAUUUUUAAUAUUUCUCAUGAAUUUAUUACACCAGUAUGCUGGAAAAUCUUUGAGAAGAGAUGGAAGUUCCCUGAAGUCAUUUGAAGACAUUAAAAAUGAGAUAGCUGGCUAUACUAAUAUUGCUAAGGCUAUUAUUGAUCUUGCUGUUCAUGGAAAGGCUCAGAACAGAUCCUAUGAAAGAUUAGCAGUUUUUGCUGACACCAUAGGACCAAGACUCAGUGGUUCAAAAAACUUAGAGGCAGCCAUCAAAUAUAUGUUCAGUGCCCUGCAGGAAGACAGGCUGGAAAAUGUGCAUCUGGAGCCUGUGAAAGUACCACACUGGGAAAGAGGAGAAGAGUUUGCAGUGAUGUUGGAACCAAGGAAUCACAGCAUUGCUAUUUUGGGACUUGGGAACAGUAUUGCAACUCCUCCAGAAGGAAUUACAGCAGAAGUCAUAGUUGUAGCAUCAUUUGAUGAACUGCACAAACGAGCUCAGGAGGCCAAGGGGAAGAUUGUCGUCUACAAUGAACCUUUCAUCAGUUAUGGUGAAACUGUGCAAUACAGGUUACAGGGAGCAGUGGAAGCUGCUAAAGUUGGAGCAGUGGCAUCCCUCAUUAGGUCUAUUGCUUCUUUUUCUAUUCACAGUCCACAUACUGGGGAGCAGAGUUACCAGCCUGAUGUACCCCAAAUUCCCACUGCUUGCAUCUCUGUGGAAGAUGCUGAAAUGAUGUCACGAAUGUCUCUCCGUGGCACUAAGAUUGUUGUGCACCUGAGGAUGGGAGCUAAGACUUAUCCAGACUCUCUAUCCUUUAACACUGUGGCAGAGAUAGUUGGAAGCAAGUACCCAGAGCAGGUUGUAUUGGUCAGUGGACAUCUGGACAGCUGGGAUGUUGGGCAGGGAGCUAUGGAUGAUGGUGGUGGAGCAUUUAUAUCGUGGGAAGCAUUAUCACUCAUUAAGGAUCUGGGACUUCGUCCAAAAAGGACACUGCGCUUGGUGCUGUGGACAGGAGAAGAGCAAGGAGGAGUAGGUGCCAAGCAAUACUAUCAGUUGCACAAGGAAAAUAUCUCCAACUUUGAUAUCGUUAUGGAGUCUGAUGAGGGCACCUUCAAGCCAUCUGGACUGGGUUUUACUGGCAGUGCAGAAGCCCGGGACAUCGUGAGAGAGAUCAUGACUCUGCUGCAGCCCAUCAAUGUUACGGCUGUUUACAACACUGCAGAUGGAACAGACAUCGCUUUCUGGAUGAGAGACGGGGUGCCUGGUGCCAGCUUGCAGGAUGACAUCAAUAAAUACUUCUGGUUUCAUCAUUCUCAAGGGGACACGAUGACAGUUCAGGAUCCAAACCAGAUGAAUCUCUGUGCUGCUGUUUGGACUGUUGUCUCCUAUGUAAUUGCUGACAUGGAGGAUAUGUUGCCAAGGUAAUAAAACAGCAAGAAAGAAGAUCUCUGUUCUUCAGUAAAGUUUGUAAGUCCACUAAUGCAUGUGGACUAUGGCUGUAGUAAAUUCUGCUACCCUUGAAUUUCUGCUUUAUUAUUAUAUCUGUUUUCCUCAAAACAUGCUCUCUUUUAUGCAUUCUUGCUUCUUUUUGCUGUUUUGAUGUUUUCCAUUUGUGGUUUUCAUUUAAAUGUAUUCCUUUAAGUACUUUUUAAAUUUCAGAUGAAGAUAUGAUACCUCUUUGACUAUGAUAUAAUAACCAUUUGUAUGCACAGUGACCUUCUGCAGCAGGAAAAAUAUACCAAAUAAAUUUUUUGCAACAGAAUAAUUAGUGUAUUGAUUUAGUGUACACAUUACUGGUUUUGUUUCUGUCUCUCAUUCUAUGCAUUGAAAUUAUGUUCUAGUAACCAAACAGCCUCUUUUCUUCACUGUUUUAAAGUAAAACUGCAGUUUCUACAAUUUUUCAGGUUAUAGGAUUAAUUAAUUAAUCUUGUCUUUUUUAAUGAUAAUAUAUGGUAGAAUGGUCAAAUAAUAGUCAAAAUGCUAAAACAGCAUAAUAGUUUCACUCAGGUCCAUUUCUAGAUCUUAGGAGAGGUUCACCUAAGACUCAAAUAAACCAGGAUGAAGAGGAUAGAGAGCCAACAGAGGAUUCACAGCUGUCCUGUGUUUUUUGGGCACUUCCUCAUGGAAAGCCAUGUGUGUCUUUUUUCUUUCUCAUGGAGGGCUCACCGUAGUGACAGGCAGAGAAUUUUGUGUGGCAGUUUUUCCAUGAGAUGCCAUGUUUCAGAAACAGCACAUAGCUGUGAUCUGUGACCUUCAGUACUUGCCAGCUGAUAUCCAAACAAAGUGUAAGAGCAGAUUUUAAUCCUGAAGCCAUUCCUAGCUGCCCCUCACUUGCAGGGAUGGUCUCCCCUGCUGAAGCUGGGCUAGAGGAUGCUGGUACAAAUUUACUUUGAGGAGAGAUUAACCUGGGAAUUUGAUUGUUUUAUGCUUUGUUGGUUUGGGGGUUAGGGUUUUUUCUUGCUUACUGCGAUUAUGAAUAUUCAGAUGAGUUGCAGGUAUGUCUGUAGAGAAGGUAUAACUGGUCUUGGGGAAUAUUUUAAGGUAUAUGAUUUCUGCUCAUUUCCUUGUGAUGUGAUCCUUGUUUGUGAUUUCAAAUUUUACAGCAAGCAAACUUAGUGAUGUGAAUAACUGCUGCAAUAUAAUCAGCACCAAACAAGUAAUGUUAUGAACAUGGAGUAUUAAACCAAAUAGCAGCUCCUAGUGCUGUUAAUCAGUUCUGCUGUUGAGCAAUAGCUGAAUAAUGAGCAAUUCAUUUUUUAUAGAAUUCAUAAUUAUGGUAUCUGUUUACUGUGAUAAUAGCUGUUUUCCAUCAAAUUUAUUAAGUAUUUCAAUAUUCCCUCCAAAUCACUUCAAGAGCAUAAAAGCUGCCUGGAGUUACUCUGCUUUAUCUUUUUAAAGAAACAAUAUUGAAAUAAAGUUGGCAAAGAUUUCCUCUGCUUUCAAGGCAUGAUGUCUAUGUUUCUUUUUGCUUGACAAGAGCAUAGUCAGUGGUGCUCACCAUUGACAGAUCCUCAGGU